ACGCACGUGGUACCUACAGUGUCUUCUUAACUCCGGUUCUUGUACCCUGCCUCCUUCUCUACAGUUAAUCGUCCUCACUUUGGAGGGGGCGCUUUAUCGUCCCUUAUUUCAGCAGCUUUCAGGACGUUGCCCCUUUUAGGGAUUGAGCCUCGCUUUGCUGGUUUGGCCAUCACGUCUUGUAAAGGUGAUGUGAUGAUGAUAGUCACCGGUUCCCUGUGCCUCCGUGAAGGUUGUGCUCAGUAAGCCAUACAGGAUGCCUAUGGCUGAUGUGAUUCAGUAGAUUGAGUGACCUGGCUGAUUGCAUACAAGCACAUGAACCCUGUUUGACCCUGAAAUGAUAAGCAGAUUGCCUUUAAACUUGAGGCUUCACAGUGGAAUCAAUAUUGCCAAGGGUUAGGCACCGUAACAGAAAGCCGGCCUUUCAGAGACAGUCUCCUAAACUCUCCAGAAAAAUCAAUUUCUGAUUUGGCCAGGCAAACCCACCAUCAGUGAACACCUAAGCACAUUCAGUUGUAGACGAACAGUUAAUCAGAGCUCACGUAAGUGAUUAGGUAUAAAUACUAGUGCAUCAUGAAACACAUACUAAAAUAUACAAAUUCAUAAGGAAAUGCUUCCCAUAAGGUCAGCAUACAUAUGAAAAACCAGAACAUGCAGGGCACUUGGGCAUAAAAAAGGAGCAUUACAGCGAACAUAAUUAAACAGGCAUCGGGCAUACAUCUGAAGUAUAGUUGGUGGUUCAAGGAGAAAGAUACACAACCACAGGUGGAACUUGCAUCAGAAUUGCCUCACUAUCAGUGGUUUGUUAAUCUCAAGGCUUUGCUGUUAUAUUUUCUAUGGUUUACCUGGCUGUCAUCUGUUUCGACUCAGACCCCCCCCCCCCUCUUUCUAGUGGCUUUUCUUGUUAGGGUGAUAUACAGACCCCUGUGCCUGUCACCUCUAUAGUGGUAGGCUUAUUUAUGAUUUCCUAUGUCUUGAGUGGAUUCAGUUGGAUGGAGCUUGUCAGACAGCAUCAAAGAACUACUUAGCCCUCUCACAAAAUUUUAGCAGAACUGAGAAAUCCUGAUACAGUAUAUUAUCAGAUUUAAAAGUUUUCAUAGAAGUACAGUGCAGUACAUUACAAAAUGGGAAGCCGUGAUUCUCGCCGCAUCCUGGGACCAGAAAAAAGUGUACCAUAUUCCCUGCUACAGACACAAAAAAGGAAAUGUUUCUUAGGAGAAGACAGUUUGCGAUGGGAUGGGCGCUCAGCCAUUGAUCCUAGGAAACUCUUCAUGAGUGUGGGAGUGAUUAGUCAAGCAAAAGGAUCAUCAUACCUAGAGGUUGGAAACACCAAAGUUUGUUGUGGUGUAUAUGGCCCUAUGGAUGUACAAAGAGGAUCCGACUUCAACAUGUCUUGCAAGGUCUUGUGUGAAGUCAAAAUGGCCCCAUUCUCUUGUUCUGUGCGACGGUCACCACAGCCUGACAAGCAACAGAGAGAGAUGAGCAGACAACUGAAAGAUGCUUUGGAAACUGUCAUUGUACUUGAUAAAUUCCCAAAGUCACAGAUUGAUGUAUAUUUAACUGUGAUUGAAGAUGAUGGGGGACUACUAGCUGCGUGCAUCACUGCUGCAGGCUUAGCCAUCUGCCAUGCCAAUAUUGAUGUCUAUGAUCUUGUUAUUGGAGCUUCAUUGCUUUGGCAUGAUGGAAUUUUGUAUGCUGACCCAACCCAUCAUGAAGAGGAAUAUGAGGCCCAUGAGAUUCGCAAUGAGGACAGCGAGGGUGGGCAGCUGACUGUUGGUGUGAUGCCCAAGUAUGCUAAUGGACAAGUAAGCCUACUAGUUCAAGGUGGCCAAAUCUCAGCUGAUAAUCUUUGUGAAGGACUAGAGGUUGCACUUGAAAUAUGUCAGAGGAUUUAUACUCUCUCCAGAAAGACUCUGGUGGAAUAUGUAGAACAGUCCCUUGAAGGUAAUCACGAAGAGCCACUAUUGACAAUGUCUGAAAAAUGAAGGCUUGGCUUACACAUCAUUUUGAAUAUACAAUACAGUAACAAAUAUUAUAUUUUUUGGAUGUCUUAAAUAGAUGGAACUCCAGUAUGAUUUGUAAUUAAGUUCUUAAUAAAAAAGAUAUAAACUUG